AUGGGACCUGGUGGAAAUAAACUUGGAGCUGUCAGGAAGCAGGAAGAAGGCCACUGCGGCUGGAGUGGAGUGGAAAAGGUGGAGGGUGGUAAAGUAGGCAAGUGGAGAGUAUUUCCAGAAAUUACUCAGAGUCCAGUGGCAUUUAAAAGAAUACCCUAUACUCACGAGAACAAAAUACCCACGUCUCCUGUAAGCUCAGUUUCUUCUGAAGAAGAAAACUACAGAACAGCUGGUUCCUCCCUAGUACCAUCCGGUGAAAGGGAUGAGGACCCAUUGUUCUGCACUCUCAGAGAAGACAUUAAUAAGAGAGCCAGAGGAGCACCCCAGCAGAUCUGGAGCAGUCCAUUUUUGGAAGAGCAAAUGGCAAAAAAGGCUAUUCAACCACACUCGGUAAAUCCUGUUCACCUGGAGGCUGUGGGUAUACACAUCAAUAGACACAUGAGAUUUCAGAACCAGCCCUUGAGCAAUUCCAAGGGUUAUUCUGGUAGCCACAUCCCCGUGGCCCCGCGGAGCGUCUGGCGGAGCUUCCCAGAAGCCGAGCAGGAGCUGAGCGCGGCGGACACAGGUUUCCAAAGCCGGCGCCGAGGCGCGUCCGGAAAUCCAGUCGGAAGAGGCGCGGUUGCCAUGGCACCGGAGACGCUCCCGGAGCAUCCUCACUUCCCGGGGGGAAGGAGGCCCGGGGCAGACACCUCCCUCCACGGCAAUCUGGCAGGAGCGCCCGUUCCGCUGCUCGUCGGUGCGUCCCCCCGGGGUCCCCCCAAGAGGUUAACAAAGGUUUGCUCCGCGGCAGCCCCCCGCCCUCCCCGGCGCUUCCAUACGGCUUGUUCGCAGGCCCUGGCCAGGCCGCUGGUGAAUGCUCACUUGCGCUGA